AUAAUAAUACUGAAAAAAAUAACACAAAAAUUGAGUACAAAAUAAUUGGACGACAUUUUAGGCGACGAUUUCUUUGAGUGUUUUGUUUUGUGAUUUAAAUGAUGACAACAAACAAUAGCCACAAAACAAUUUGCGGACACAUCGGCGACCAUCAUAUCGUCUGAUUUGUGGCCAUUUAGUCGCUGGUCGUCCAACUCCUAUAUAUGCGUGUCAAACACCGUCAUCGGUCGGUCCAAUCAACCACCGCUGCCGCCGCCGCCUCGGUUGACGUUACCUUUGUUUCAUCAUCGAUGUCUGGCCCCGAAGUCAAACACUGUCUGCAGCCGCGUAUAGCCGAAAACGGCUACCGAUUGCCCGAUCCGUUGCCUAUUGGCUCCAUAUUGACCGACUCUACUAAACGUCAAUGGCUAUUAGGCCAUUCAAUCGGUUGCGGCGGUUUCGGCGAAAUCUAUUGCGCUCAAGAACUGCCAGACGAUGACGACGAUGAAGACAACAACUACAACAAUGACCACUACUCGAUGGCCGCUAAUAAUCAUCACAAUGGCGGCGACCAUUAUUCAAACACUGACGAUCGGCCAUCAAAAGGUCAACAACAACAACAACGUCAACGACAUCUGUCCUAUAAAAGUCUACCGAAACGCAGUUGUGUCCGUAAGUUCAAUAGACAGCAACUGCUAUUGAAACGCAAGAAACGUAUCGAUAAACUACUGAAAGAUAAACAACAAAACUAUCCGUUUGUGGCCAAAGUUGAUCAUCUGUCGGGACCAUUGUUUGCCGAAAUGCAUUUCUAUCAUCGGGUGGCCAAACCGAAACUCAUCGAUAACUGGAUGCUAACCAAUCGCUUAGCGUUUAUCGGUAUGCCUCGCUAUGUGGCCUCCGGUAUCUUCAUAUCGCGAUCGACUUGUCGACGAUUUCGGUUUCUUGUAUUGGAUCGGAUGGGCGUCGACUUGCAGAAGAUUCUGGACAAACACCGGCAUAUAUUGUCGCUGAAGAGUGCGUACACUAUAACCACAAUGAUUAUCGAUAUCUUAGCCUACAUUCAUUCGUUUGGUUACAUUCACGCCGACAUCAAGGCUUCAAAUUUGCUUUUAGGUCGCACUGAAACAACAUCGCCGGCUCGCGAACUAUAUCUUGUGGACUACGGUUUAGUUGAAAGAUAUCGGACACAAAACGGUGAACACAAAGAGGAAGAAGAGGACAAUCGUCGGGCCAAUAGCGGUACCAUUGAGUUUACGUCGCGUGACGGACACGUCGGUGCGCUGACUCGUCGAUCGGAUCUGGAAAUGUUGGUCUACAAUACGAUUACGUGGCUAUCGGGCGGUCGACUUCCAUGGAUUGACGAAAAAGACUACGAAGUAGUCAGACAACAAAAAGAGUAUUAUAUGAGUCAUAUCGACAAACUGCUCAUCUAUGCCUUCAAGACGAAGAGUUCGAUACCGAAAGGACUCGACGAGUUUGUCCGAUCGAUUGGCCGAUUGGGCUUCAAAGAGGAUCCCGAUUACGGUGCACUCAAACUGAUACUAAUCCGAGCCAUCGUCAGCUCGGGCUAUACUAAUGACGGACUAAUUACUUGGGGCAACAAAAGUGAGAAUAAAACCAAUAGAAAAGGUGCUAAACGAUGCGCAAGUGCUGACCUGGAGUUGGCUAAGAAUAAUAAACAACGCAAACAACAAACGGAUAAACAAGAGUUCGAACAGAUCGAGUCGUGUGAUAUUCCCCGCAAAAUGGACAGACAUCGAGCUGUUCGAUCGGCGCCAACCACUUGUUUGUCGCCGAGACACAGAUCCGGUGGUUCAAUGACACCAGCCGUCAAUGGUGGACAACUCGGCAGCAAUGGUGGUGUUGGUGGUAGUGGUGGCCGACGCGUCUACGGCGGCGACAUUGAACUGUCUAAUCCGACGCCGCAGAUGCUCGAAGUGAUGGAACGAAUUCGACAAAAGUCGGCAAACAUCGAACGGGUAUUCGAUUCAUUCGAUUUGAAUACAAUGAACAACGCUAUGAAUUUGGUUGAACCGAAAAUACAUCGAUUGAAAGUAAAAUACAAGAAGAAAAUCAAGAAAAAUAAGACUAAAACUAAUAGUAGUAAUAAUGGCACCAAUAAUCAUAAGGUAGUAGUUAUGGUCAACAACAACAACAACAAUAAGAUUAGGUCUACGACGACGACGACGACCACCACCACUACCUCUACUAAUGGAAAGCCAUUAAAAGCCUCGAAGACAACGACGACUAAGAGAUUAAGUGGUGGUAAUCACAAUCACAAUAACGGUGUGAUGACUGCUGCUAACGGCAAGACUAAUAAUAAGUACAAGACUGGAGGACAACAAACACAUAGUGUCAGCAAAAGAGCGUGUAAAACACGUAACAUAUUUAUUUAGGAACCGCGCGUUUUAGAUUUUUUUAGGUGUCGACACACACACUGUGUGUAUCCAUAAUUGUUUGAAGACAACAACAACAACAAUACCCCUAAUAAUAAUAAUAAUAAUAAUAUCUAUUAUUUGUUUUCAUUUGAA